GGCACCACCCCGCCGCCGACCAGAGGCGAAAGGGGGGUAGGGGGGGGGGGGGUGAAGAAGCUCUGUCGCGCAAUUCCUCGAGGAUGAACUGGCGAUGAUUUGGCGCCGGGACGUGUUUGGAUCUGAGUCCGGAGAGAAGUUCGCACUUUGACUAUAAGCCGCGGAAACGCUCUGAAAAGUGUUUUAUGCCCCCAGACGGAGCGCCGGUGGCGGAUCGUGAAAGCGCCGCUUUGGGCGCAUGUUCCUCUCCGUUGUUGUGCGGAGCCUCCACCUUGCUUUUCUGUGGCGGUCGGAAAGCGGAGGCGUUGGGAAGGGACUUUUUCGCGAGUCGGUCCCUUAUGCUUAUGGACGACGGCGGUCCUCUCUCUCCGAAGGCGAACGCGUUCCGUAUCGCCUCUCUGGUUUCGGUAGCGGAGCGAGCAGGAAACGCGGCGUUUGACAAACACAGCACCGGCCUGGACGAGCCAGACCUGCGCAACCACAGUUCCUCCAACAUGCACUACAGCACUGUCACCCGGGAAAUGGAAGCCUUCACGACGAGCAGCCUGAACAGCCUGAACACGCCGGGGGGCUACCACCUCUCUCCGUCCCCCGGGGACCCCUACAGCCAACAUGAGCCCCACUUCGAGCCCUGCCCGGCGGCCCAGCACAACUACAGCUACCCGGGAUCUAACCCGGGCCAGGCCCCGUCGAGCGACGGCGGGACUCCCAACUGCUCGUCGUCGUCCGCCAACUCCACGCCGAACGGCAAAACUAUAGUGAAGAAGAACCCCAAAGUGGCCAACAUUAACGUGCAGCUGGAGAUGAAGGCUUUAUGGGACGAGUUCAAUCAGCUGGGCACGGAGAUGAUCGUCACCAAGGCCGGCAGGAGAAUGUUUCCAACUUUUCAAGUGAAGAUAUUUGGGAUGGAUCCCAUGGCUGACUACAUGCUCCUGAUGGACUUCCUGCCAGUAGACGACAAACGUUACAGGUAUGCCUUCCACAGCUCGUCGUGGCUGGUCGCCGGUAAGGCGGACCCCGCCACGCCGGGCAGGGUCCACUACCACCCGGACUCUCCGGCCAAAGGCGCGCAGUGGAUGAAGCAGAUCGUCUCUUUUGAUAAACUGAAACUCACCAACAACCUGCUGGAUGACAACGGACAUAUCAUCCUAAACUCCAUGCACCGCUACCAGCCCAGGUUCCACGUGGUGUACGUGGACCCCCGCAAGGACAGCGAGAAGUAUGCCGAGGAGAACUACAAAACAUUUGUGUUCGAGGAAACGCGCUUCACGGCGGUCACGGCGUACCAGAACCACCGGAUCACGCAGCUGAAGAUAGCCAGCAAUCCCUUCGCAAAGGGCUUCAGGGACUGCGAUCCAGAGGACUGGCCCAGGAAUCACAGACCAGGCUCUCUGCCAAUAAUGAGUGCCUUUGCCAGAACAAGAAACCCAAUGUCAUCUCCUCCUCAGCAGAACGGCACAGAAAAAGAGGACAGCCGGCGGGAGUACGAGCGGGACCCCGGCGGCACGCCCAUGCACGCCGACCCGGCUCACCAACUGAUGUCCCGGGUCCUCAGCCCCGCCUUGCCCGUCCCAGGAGGCCUCCACGGCGUCUCCCUCACGAGCGGCCGACCGAGCCCCCCCCACGACCUCCGCCCUGACCCCCACGGCCUGCCUCCGGAUACCCUGCACCACCACCCUUAUAAGUACCCCACCACCUACGAACACUACCUGGGAGCCAAGACCCGGCCGUCACCCUAUCCUUUACCCGGCAUCAGAGGACACACGUACCACCACCACAUGAACCCAGCCACAGCCAACAUGUACUCAGCCACCAGCGGCCCCUCUAACUAUGACUACGGGCCCAGAUAAUGACUGGCGUCCGUCAGGGCUAACGGCGCUCACUGUUGGAAUGGAAACAGGCAGGAAAGGCAACACAGUCCUGUCAGCUGACGGCUUACGCAACCUGCCGGGUGCGUUCACGGGCUGAAACUCUGCUGGAUAAACCCUGCCGUAUUUAUUUAAAGGAUUUUUUUUUUUUUUUUUGCCGUGAAGCACGGGCAACCUGCUCCGAGUCCCUGAAGAGGUCUUCUGUGACUUUCGAACCCAAAUGGCAAUAGUUUCCCCUGCUUACCUGAGCGGUGUAGAUAUUGAGCCGACAGAGGAGACAGGAGGGACCUCUCGUUAACCAAGACAAUACUUUUGAUCACAGACUGGAAGUGAAUUCUUUUUUUUUUUUGUUUUGUGUUGGAUGCACUUUUUGAUUUGCCUUGUUUUUAUUGCUUUAAAAAAAGCCAUAUGUUAUAUAGUUCAUCUACCUUCUAGGUAGACGAGAUGUUUGCAUGUUGAGCUCAUCAGAGGGGGUGUCGAACACACCCAAAUGUUUUUGUUUGAGGAAGAAAAAAAAAGAAAAAACAAGACUUUGAAACGGUCGGAAAAUCUUGAGCCGCUCUGAGAAGCUUGUACCACGGCACUGACUUGCAGCAAUUCAAAGUAAAUAAAUGAAGCAGAAUGUUCUGUAUCUGUAACAAAAACAUUAAAUUCUUGUAAUUCAUAAAGAAAA